GCGAGAUAUUCAACCUUUAAAUCAUCCAUAUAUAUAUUUAUGAUCUUGUCUUGGGUCUUUAACGGAAAUUGCUCUACGUCUCGCGCUCUUUGUUUUGGUAUAUUUUUUCUCUGUGGAUUGUGCGGUGUAGCUCUGUGGAAGUUGUGUCAGUAGGGAUCUGGCUGUGUUUUGAGUUCUUGAAAGUUCUUUGGGUGUCUGCAGCGAGUAUCAUAAGGUGCGGGCAGAAGUAAUAUGACAGAGUAAAUUCGAUGAAAAAAGGUAUCACACUGGACAAGUAGUUGGAACUUAGCGACAGGUGACGCAAAUCAUGCAACUGAAACAACUUGCUUGUAAUUGAACCACUGAGAGAAUUAUGUGACAGAUCCAAUUUCAAAAGAUUUUUGAAGUUUCCAAUAUCUUCUGGUAUCGAACCGUUCAAGUGAUUCUCAGAAAGAUCAAGAUUUUCCAGUUGAGAUGAUAUUUGUUUUGGCAUCUCACCAGACAACAUGUUACCAUUAAGAUACAAAUUGAGUAAUUGUUUCAUCCCAAACAACUCGCCUGGAAUCUGUCCGCUCAAAGAAUUCUUGGACAAGUCCAAAUGUUGUAACAUUGAGCAAUCUUUCAUGCUUAGUGGUAUAGUUCCUGAAAUGUUGUUGUUGGAGAGAUCAAUGAAGGGCGGUUUACAGAGUGACGUCUACGAAAAGGAGAAGAACAUUUUGUUGGAGCUGAAGCAACUAUGGGGAUUGCAUCAAUUAUGGGAUUCCGAUUCCGAUUCCUCACACUGCAGUUGGUAUGGUAUAGGCUGCAGAAAUGGUUCUGUUACAAGCAUCUCGAUUCAUGAAGGGAAUCUACUUUCCGGAACAAUUUCACUAAUCAUAUGUGAACUCAAAAGCCUGCAAUUGAUAGACCUGAGUAGCAACUAUAUCAGAGGAGAAUUUCCUACCUCCUUGUACAAUUGCUCAAAGCUGGAAUAUCUUGAUAUUUCUUGGAAUCAAUUCCAUGGACCACUGCCUAGUGACCUUCAUCGUUUGUCGAGGCUAAUCCAUUUAGAUAUUGCUGGAAAUAACUUCAGUAAUAUCCCAGAAGCCAUAGGUCAGCUUUCUGAAUUGCAAUAUCUAUCUCUUAAGUUCAAUAAUUUCAACACUUGGAUAUCCCGAGAAAUUGGAAAUUUAUCAAAGCUUGAGACCUUGGAUAUAUCCUAUAUUGACAGCUUUAAGCAGGCAACAAUCCCAGAGGAAUUAAGAAGACUGAAGAAGUUGACAGCCCUUUUCAUUGUACGGUCAAAUUUGAAAGGGGAGAUUCCAGAAACAUUUUCCGCUCUUUCAGGUCUCGAAGUCUUGGAUCUCUCAAUGAAUUACUUAAAGGGGUCUAUCCCAAGUUACUUGUUUGAAUGGAAGAAGUUGACGAAUCUUCAUUUGGAGUUUAACCAAUUUUCCGGUAGGUUACCAAUGUUGGAUGCAAAUAUGGAAUUGAUGGGGAGAACUCAAGAAAUGUUUUCUAAUCUUUCUGGUCUCCAAGUCUUAGAUCUCUCAGGAAAUCACCUAAAUGGUUCAAUUCCAAGCUACUUAUUUCAUUGGAAGAAUUUAACAUCUCUUCUUUUGGGGGAUAACCAAUUUUCUGGGAAUUUACCUAGUAUAACUGGAAAUUUGAGAUUAAGAACAUUGGAUCUUUCAUCGAAUCAGCUUUCUGGACAUAUUCCACAAGAGUAUGACAAGAAUGAAUACUACUUUAGAAAUAAUCUGAAUCUAUGUAGCAAAUAUACCAACCAUUACAUCCAAGUUCCACGUUGAAGUGGAAAAACAAGAGUUGUAAUUGCCGUUGUGGCCCCUGUUGCAUUUUUAGUCAUGAUAACAUUAUUAUGUUACACAUUUAAAAAGAAUUGGACUUUCUCCACAGACCAACUCAUGUGGAGGAAGAGGCAUGAGAACCAAGAUCCUGAGUGGAUGUUCAUUUCUUUCCAGCAGUUAGGAUUCACAGAAUUUGAAAUUCAGGUGAAUAUGACAGAAGAAAAUUUGAUUUGAAGUGGAGGAUAUGGGAAGGUCUAUCGAGUUGGUGUCAAUCCUAAUGGGAACUUUGUGGCAGUUAAGAGAAUAUGGAACAAGAGGAAUUUAGACCACGGGCUUGAGAAACAGUUCCUUGCAGAAGUUGAAGUAUUGGGUAGCAUUCGACAUUCUAAUAUUGUGAAGUUGUUAUGUUGCAUUUCUAGAGGAAACUCAAAGGUUUUGGUGUACGAGUACAUGGAAAAUCAAAGCUUAGACAAGUGGUUGCAUCACAAGAGAAGAAGUGAAAAAGAUAUUACUGCCUCAGCACAUUGUGUAUUGGAAUGGCAUACUAGACUGCAAAUUGCAAUUGGUGCUGCCCGAGGUCUAUGUUACAUGCAUCACGAGUGCUCUACGCCAAUCAUUCAUCGUGACAUUAAGUGCAGUAAUAUCCUUUUAGACCAUGAACUGAAUGCCAAAAUUGCAGAUUUUGGACUAGCUAAGAUUUUGGCCAAGUGGGGAGAGACAGAGACUGCUUCUGCUAUCGCUGGCACGUUUGGCUACCUAGCUCCAGAGUAUGCAUACACGUCGAAAGUGAAUGCCAAGAUUGAUGUCUACAGUUUUGGUGUGGUGUUAUUGGAGCUGGUUACCGGGAGAGAACCAAUUAACGGAGACGAGCAUAUAAACCUUGCACAAAGGGCAUGGAACCACCAUGAAGAAGGCAAUCCAGUGGUUGAUGCUAUUGAUGAAGAAAUCAAGGAAGCAUGUUUCUUGAACGAAAUGAGUUCCAUGUUCAAGUUGGGGAUUAUUUGCACCAGUACUGUACCUUCUGCUAGACCUUCCAUGAAGGAAGUUCUGCAAAUUCUAUUACUUAGCCUUAAUACUUCUUCCUAGCAAUUGGCUGCGAAUCCAGGAUUAUCGUUGCUUCUUUAUUUGCACUGAAAAAUUAAAAGUCCAAAUACUUAUUCUACC